GCAGGUCACUCUGCUAUGGACUUCAGUUGUGGCGUAGGUGAUCAGUACUGCAGAUCAUGGCUUGCAUGUCGUCGAGACUGGAAUGCUUUGCACCAGCGAGUGAAAUAACAUUUACCAUCAAUGAGAAGAAGUACACAGUCAGUGGAGAUAUUCCACCAGGGACGUCUCUCAACACAUACAUACGAAACCAUGCGAAUCUGAGAGGCACAAAAGUUAUGUGCCAUGAGGGUGGCUGUGGGUCUUGCAUUGUGGCAGUGAGAUCGCAGAAUGCUUUCACGAAAGAGAAAUCAACAUACGCAGUCAACUCGUGCCUGGUGCGUGUGCAUGCCUGCCAUGGCUGGGCCAUCAAAACAAUUGAAGGAAUUGGUAACAAGAAGACAGGUUACAACAUUUUACAGACAAGACUUGCUCAGAUGAAUGGCACACAGUGUGGCUACUGUUCACCAGGAAUGGUGAUGAACAUGUACAGCCUGAAGAAUGAUAAAGCUGUCAAUAUGCAAGAAUUGGAGAACUCUUUUGGUGGUAACAUUUGUCGCUGCACUGGUUAUCGUUCUAUUCUGGAAGCCUUCAAAUCUGUUGCUGUAGAUGCCCCACCACAACUAAAGAACAAAGUAGAGGAUAUUGAGGAACUACAUAAGAUGAAGAGUUGUCCAAAUAGUGGCAUGACAUGUUCCUGGAAUAGUAAUGAUGAUUAUGGUGAAGAUGAUGGGGAUGACAGUAAUGAAGAUUUUGUCCAUGUGAAUGUGCAUGGGGCAGAAAUUGAGCAGUCACCAAAGCUUUCCCGUAUUCAUCUAAACUUGAAAAAUGCUCAGUGGUUUAAAGUUACAAAUACGAAGGAAAUAUUUGAAAUUUUUGAUAAAGUUGGAAAUGUUCCAUAUGUCCUUGUUGGAGGGAACACAGCCCGUGGAGUAUACAGACUAACUGUAGAGCCGCAAAUCUACAUUGAUGUGCAAGAUGUUGCUGAAUUGAAGAGUUAUUCAACAGACUCAACUCUGACAUUAGGUGGAAACUUGAGUCUGAAUGAUUGUAUUAACCUCUUUAAUACUGUGUCCAAGACAAAAUAUAAUUAUGCAUAUACAGAAAUUCUGGCACGCCACAUAGACUUGAUUGCCAAUGUCCCUGUACGAAAUGUUGGGACAAUUGCUGGAAACCUCUCUAUUAAGCAUGAACAUCCAGAAUUCCCAUCUGAUUUGUUUCUGAUUUUAGUAACAGUUGGGGCCACCUUAACUAUCGGUGAGUUACUUCAUAUCACUUUAUCCUGUGUAUUGUCAAUUAAAUUAAUGAACUCCAUCAGAGGAGACGUGACUAUUUUGUCAGAACUACAUAAGAUGAAGAGUUGUCCAAAUAGUGGCAUGACAUGUUCCUGGAAUAGUAAUGAUGAUUAUGGUGAAGAUGAUGGGGAUGACAGUAAUGAAGAUUUUGUCCAUGUGAAUGUGCAUGGGGCAGAAAUUGAGCAGUCACCAAAGCUUUCCCGUAUUCAUCUAAACUUGAAAAAUGCUCAGUGGUUUAAAGUUACAAAUACGAAGGAAAUAUUUGAAAUUUUUGAUAAAGUUGGAAAUGUUCCAUAUGUCCUUGUUGGAGGGAACACAGCCCGUGGAGUAUACAGACUAACUGUAGAGCCGCAAAUCUACAUUGAUGUGCAAGAUGUUGCUGAAUUGAAGAGUUAUUCAACAGACUCAACUCUGACAUUAGGUGGAAACUUGAGUCUGAAUGAUUGUAUUAACCUCUUUAAUACUGUGUCCAAGACAAAAUAUAAUUAUGCAUAUACAGAAAUUCUGGCACGCCACAUAGACUUGAUUGCCAAUGUCCCUGUACGAAAUGUUGGGACAAUUGCUGGAAACCUCUCUAUUAAGCAUGAACAUCCAGAAUUCCCAUCUGAUUUGUUUCUGAUUUUAGUAACAGUUGGGGCCACCUUAACUAUCGCUUCGAAAGGAUUUCUAUACAGGAAUGUGAGUAUGAUUGAUUACCUGGACAUGGACAUGAAGCACAAAGUGAUCAAAAGUAUUACUUUGCCCCAGAUUGAUGACACUUACAGUCUGAAGACCUAUAAGAUUAUGCCAAGGGCUCAAAAUGCUCAUGCGUAUGUGAAUGCAGGAUUCCUAUUCAAAUUAAAUAAAACUGCUAAAGGCAAAGUUCUGAAGAAACCAAUAAUAGUAUAUGGUGGAAUAAACCCUUACUUUGUGCAUGCUGUAAAUACUGAGAAUUUCUUAGAUGGUAAGAAUCUUUUUGAUUUUAAAACGUUGCAGACAGCAAUGAAGAUACUUGAUGCAGAACUAAAACCAGACCAAGUGCUGCCUGAUGCUUCCCCAACAUUCAGGAGGAGACUAGCUUCUGCUCUGUUUUACAAGUUUAUUUUAAGCCUUUCCCCACCUGGAUUACCAGCACGCCUUUUAAGUGGAGGUCAAGAUUUGGUACGACCUUUGUCUUCAGGGAAGCAGCAGUUUGACACUGAUAAGACUGAAUGGCCCCUAACUAAACCAGUUCCUAAAUUGGAGGCCCUUGCUCAGUGUUCUGGAGAGGCACAGUAUAUAAAUGAUUUACCAGCAUUGCCUAAUGAGACCUUUGCUGCUUUUGUUCUCACAAGUGUGGGUCAAGGCUAUAUCUCUGACAUUGAUCCUUCACAAGCUCUGAAAGUUCCUGGUGUCUUAAAGUUCUUGUGUGCUAAAGACAUCCCAGGACUUAACAAUUUUACGCCAGUGGAUCUGCCUUCCUUUGAAGAAUAUGAAGAGGUGUUCUGCAGUGGAGAAAUAAAGUAUGCAGGCCAACCACUGGGUUUGAUAGUGGCUGAGACACAAGCAUUGGCAUUAGAGUCAGUCUCAAAAGUCAAAGUGGAAUACAGUAAUGUGGUACAUCCACAUCUGGAAAUGAGAGAUAUAAUUGCGUCAGGUGAUAAGACCAGAAUCAGGGUUGAAAAAGAACCAGAUGCAGUAAAGAAAGAUGUUCCAGAUCCAAAUGAAGUUGCUCAUGUGAUUAAGGGAAGUUUUGAUAUUGGAACUCAAUACCAUUUCACAAUGGAAACACAACAGUGUGUUUGUGUUCCCACAGAAGAUGGAAUGGAUGUCUACCCAUCUAGUCAGUGGAUGGAUCUCACACAAGUUGGCAUAGCCAGAGCUCUAUCUAUACCUGAAAACAGUAUUAAUGUCAAAGUGAGAAGAAUAGGUGGAGGAUAUGGAUCAAAGAUUUCACGUAAUUCAAUAGUUUCUGUUGCAUGUGCUCUUGCUGCCCAAGUUCUUAACAGACCAGUGCGGCUCAUUAUGAGCUUAGAAUCUAACAUGGAAGCUUUAGGGAAGCGGUGUGACAUAGCCGUCAACUAUGAGGUUGGAACAGACAAUAGUGGAAAGGUGCAGUAUUUGAAAGCAGACUUUUAUGAAAAUGCGGGAUCAUCAUGGAAUGAGAUAAUGGUCCCUGAUUCUGUUUCUUUCAUGACAAGUUGUUAUGACAGCAGCGCAUGGAAAGUAAGAGGCCUAGGUGUUCGGUCUGACAUUCCAUCAACCACAUGGUGCAGAGGACCAGGUUCUACUGAAGGAGUUGCAACUAUUGAACACAUUAUGCAACACGUAGCUAAGGUUGUUAAGAAGGAUCCACUACAAGUCAGACUUAAUAAUGUCAGCAGUGAUGACACUGUCAUACUACAGAUGGUGAAAGAUCUAAAAGUAUCUGCAGACUAUGAUGCGAGGAAGGGAAGUGUUGACGCACACACACACACACAAGAACUAUCUACCAUAACAGCUACAUUCCAAAAUAACCGUUGGAUGAAGAGAGGUAUUGCUUUGGUGCCAUUGAAAUAUGCACUAGCAUAUGCGGGAAAUUUUUCUGCGCUUGUGUCCAUUUAUGCUGCUGAUGGGACAGUAGCUGUAGCACAUGGCGGAAUUGAAUGCGGACAAGGAAUUAAUACAAAGGUUGCACAAGCAGUGGCAUACACCUUGGGCAUCAGUCUCGAACUUGUGAGUGUAAAACCCAGCAACAACCUGACUGCACCAAAUAAUGCAACUACUGGUGCCAGCAUUACAAGUGAACUUUGUACAUACGCUUCAGUGCAGUGCUGCAAGGAGCUCUUGAAACGCAUGGAGCCAGCAAAGAAAGGCCUCAAGGAUCCAACAUGGCCACAGUGGGUACAGGCUGCAUAUCAACAAAAUAUUGACCUAUGUGCUACACACAUGUAUCCAUACAAUGAUGACGUGAAAAUGUAUGAUAUUUUUGGAGUUACAGUUUGUGAAGUGGAGGUUGACUUAUUAACUGGCCGACAUCAGAUUCUUCGAGUUGACAUUAUUGAAGAUGCGGGCAAGAGUAUGAGUCCAGAAAUUGAUAUUGGUCAGGUUGAAGGUGCUUUUGUGAUGGGAUUAGGAUAUUGGCUCACAGAAUAUGUUGUAUAUGAUCCAAAUACUGGAAAACUCCUGACAAACAGAACAUGGAAUUACAAACCACCAGGUGCAAAAGAUAUCCCAAUAGACUUUCGUGUUGAGCUAAGGAAAAAUGCACCAAACCCAUUUGGUGUGUUACGUUCUAAAGCAACAGGAGAGCCUCCUCUGUGUAUGAGCUGCAGUGUUCUGUUUGCAUUGAGAUAUGCUCUGGACUCGGCUCGUAUAGAAGCUGGUAAACCUGAUGAAUGGUAUCAAAUGAAUUUGCCAGCCACAGUUGAACAUAUCUUCCUCACAAGUCUGACCAAUAUCGACCUAUUUACUCUAUGAUGUUUCAUACAAAUAUUAUACAUGCAGAAACAUGUCCGUUUAAAUGCUGCAGGACUUUGCAAUUUGCUGAAUAACAGAUACAGAAAUGAUAAAACUACUUACUCAUGUAAGUCAUUAACUUAUGCCUGAAGGUUAGUGACCUGUGAUAAACAAAUGUAAUAUUACUUGAAAGAAUGGAAAAUAAGAGGAUUUCAAGUUGAAAAUGUUCAAACAGUACAAACACUCUGAUAUUUUCUUUGCACAGAAUGCUUAAGCUGAAACUUGGCCUCUGAAUAAUAUAUUCAGUUAAUAGUAUUCAUGUUUAUUCAUGCUGGUAAUACUUCUUUCUUAACUUCACAGAGCACUAUCAAUUUCUCUUAGGGUAAGGUAAGAAAUAACUGUAUACAUUGCAUAAAUUUUGGGGAAUAGAAUACAAAAUUAACAGAAAUUAAUUCUAUGACUAACUGAUGAAACAAUGUCAUCUCACAGAGAAAGUAAGCUUAAUGAAUACACUGUGGUGGCAGAGGUAAUGUCUGGUCGUAAGCACGACAGACGUAGAAUUAUGGUGGUGUCCGUCUUUAUGUUCGAAGCCAAAAUAAAUUGAAGAUACAAGAGAACAUUCGUGAACACAUAUUCUUCAGAAGUUACAACCAUUUUCUUUUCUUCUUUGUGGACAUGAUCCGACUACUGGUACCAAUAUUUAGAAACACUAAACAAUGAUGAUGGGAGCUAAUUUUUUAAUCCCCUCUUGAAGAUUUCCAAAUGCCAUUUUACAACAUGAUAAAAUGUGAUCUAAUUUUCAUGUAUUGAGAUAUUCACAUUUUUUUUUGUGACAAUAGAAAUCAGCCAGUAUAUACUGAUAAAGAGUAAUGGCAGAUUUUAAAAAAUAAAGUUUCUCUUUGACGUGCUCUAAAGACACCCAUACUAAAUUUUACAGUCUAUCUGAACAUUUAGGUAAAGAUGAAGUCAAUGUGCUAUUUGGACUGAGAGUUAGAUUCAAACAAUAAAUAUUUUUAAGAAAUAUAAAUGCUUUGGCAUAAGGAUUUAUAAAUUUUUGCAAUAUAAAUUACUAAAUGUACAAUAUGGACAUAUACUAUGAAAAGGGCAGGCAACAUAUACAAUGACACCACUACAUGCAAAACAGAGAAAUGUCACUAGGAGUGUGGCUAUAAAUUUCACAUAAAAUUUUAUCUCUCUUUAUUUAUUUGUUUACCCGCACACUACACUUAUCACCUGUUGCAGAAACGCCAAUGUAAAGUAAUCCUGGGGAUUCUGACAAUAAGACACUAAAGUUGAAGUGGUUUGAUAUACGUUCUAGUGAGAACUGUUUUCACAGUGAUUUGAAAGCACAAAUAAGACAUGCAGAUACUGACAAGUGCACAUAAAAUCACCAGCAGAAAGUAAUUUUUGUGUUGAAUGCACAACUGUCAAUGUUGAUGACUGAAAUCAGCAAAUGGACUCUGUCAACAAAUGGGACAGAAGAGGUAAUAGCUAUUUAAUUGACUUUAGAACAGGGUACAGGAAAAGAAACAUAUAUUUUAAAAUGUUGUAUCAAACAAUAUUAAAUAGUCAUAGCAAACUAACAUUCUGCGGUAGUCAAAUAAACCACUAAAUAUUCUGUUUGGCUGUACUUCACACUUUAUUGGAAAUGAGUGCAAGAGUGCUGUGGGUUCAAUCCAGCCUGAGCCAACAAAUGAGUUAUCUUGAAGGUCAAAAUACCAGACACUGGCCAGGUGCCAGUGUGUUCAGUGAUGAAGAAAAGAAUUCUUGCAAAAUGUAAGCGCAUCAUGUGCAAAGUCAGCUUGUAUGUAGGUUUAUGUAAGUCUAUAUUUUUUAUACAAAAGUAAAUAUCUAAAUCAACAUGAGAAUAAUACAUAGUAUAAGUAUUGAACAUUGUGAUGUAUAAAUUUUCUUUUUAAUUGAGUUUAAGAAAUUUAUAGACAUUACACGUAAUAGCGCAGUACUAAAAAGUUGUGCAAUAUAUAUUUUUUCAACCUUU